GGUGGAGGGACUUUGGCGAACUCGGCAAAUGCAUGACGCCCCUGCAGCCUUGGGGAAUUUGGAAAGGGAGAGCUACUCGUUAAAAUGCAUGCGCGUGGGGCUCAGAUUCUGGUGCCAUUUAAAGGCCAUGCUCCCGACUCUAGAGUCUGGUUUUGGAAGAUCUACGCAGGCAGUGGCGUGGAGUGGCUGAAUCUGAGGCAGAGUCACUAGUUGGCAAGCGAGUGCAGGAAGCUGGACCCAGUGUGAAGGUGCUGGUGGACCCAGUGUGAAGGUGCUGGUGUACCCAGUGUGAAGGUAUGAGUGAUUUCAGCGAAGACUUGCUGAGGCCCACGCCAGAGGAUGACCCAGCGGAAACCAGUGUCCGCCCUCGUUCAGGAAUGUGUCUUCCUUGGCUCCAAAAGCAAGUAGAAAGUGUGGCGACCAGAGGGAAAAAGGAGAAGGAUUUUGCUCAGACAACAAGUGCCUGUUUAAGUUUCAUCCAAGAAGCCCUGCUGAAGCAUCAGUGGCAGCGAGCAGCCGAGUACAUGCACAGUUACCUGCAGAUCCUGGAAGACUCGGACAGCAACAAGAGGCAGGCUGCGCCCGAGAUUAUUUGGAAACUCGGAAGUGAAAUUCUCUAUUAUCACCCCAAAAGCAGCGUGGAGACUUUUAAUACCUUUGCAGACAGGAUGAAAAAUAUUGGCGUCAUGAAUUACUUAACGAUCUCCUUGCAACACGCGUUGUACCUUCUGCAUCACGGGAUGUUCGACGACGCCAGCAGAAAUCUCAGCCAGGCGGAGACGUGGAGAUACGGUGAAAAGUCGUCUUCCCAGGAGGCGUUAAUCAACCUCGUUCAGGCCUAUAAAGGGCUCCUGCAAUAUUACACUUGGUCUAAAAAGAAGAAGGAACUGUCCGAGCUUGAUGAGGAUGACUAUGCUUACAGCACAGCAUCUCAGAACAUGUUCAAGCACAGCUGGAAGACGUCCACCAACUUCUCUGCAUUGAUUCAGACGCCUGGAGUUUGGGACCCUUUUGUGAAGAGCUAUGUAGAGAUGCUGGAAUUCUAUGGGGAUCAAGAUGGGGCCCGAGAGGUCCUCACUAAUUAUGCCUACGACGAAAAGUUCCCAUCCAAUCCGAACGCGCACGUCUACUUAUACAACUUUCUGAAGAGGGAGAAGGCACCAAGAGAGAAACUGAUAAGUGUGCUUAAGAUUUUGUAUCAGAUUGUACCGUCUCAUACACUGAUGUUGGAAUUCCAUAGGUUACUGAGGAAAUCAGACAAAGAAGAGCAUCAUAAACUGGGGCUGGAGGUACUAUUCGGUGUCUUAGAUUUUGCUGGGUGCACUAAAAACAUGACUGCUUGGCAAUAUUUGGCAAAAUAUCUCAGACAGAUCUUAAUGGGAAGUCACCUUGCCUGGGUUCAGGAAGAGUGGAAUUCCAGGAAAAACUGGUGGCCAGGCUUUCACUUCAGCUCCUUUUGGGCAAAAAGUGAUUGGAAGGAGGACAAAGCUUUGGCUUAUGAGAAAGCUUUCGUUGCUGGAAUAUUGUUAGGAAAAGGUUGUAGAUAUUUUCGGUAUAUUUCAAAACAAGAUCAUCAAGACUUAAGGAAGAAAUUUAAGCGGAUGAAGAAGUUAGUGAAAAAACACAGUAUUGUAAAUCCAGGACCCUGAUACUGAAUUUUAGUUAUUUCAGAUUAGUAGCUACAGGGUAGUAGCUUAAUGGAUAAUUAUUGAAUGUACUUAUUUAUUUGGUGUUUUAAGAAGGUAGUUUUAUAUGGCUACAAAAAAGUUAUUUUUAUAUAUAUCUUUAUAUUUUCUCUUACUAGUAGUUAUAGCUGGAGAAACAGUCUCACUACCUUUGUUCUUGGUAAAUAAAUAUAUUUCCUUUUUGUACUGUUAAAUAUAAUAUUUAUUAAGGAAUAAACUUCAAAUAAAAUAUAUAUUUAUUUAAUCAGAGAAUAUACCUCUACAGCAGUUAUUGUUAUUUGCAGAUAAUUUGCCUGACUUUGUGCAAUAAGACAUAACUGUGGGACUGUUAAAUGAAUUUAUAUUCUUAUUUCAGAUUCUCUGUGAUCCAUGUUGGAUUUACUAUCAUGACAAAUAUUUUGGUGAUGAAACGUUGGAAACCAAGAAAGAUCUGGAAAAGGACUCUCCUCUUUCUCCUUUGGUGUUAAGACAGGACAGUUUGGGGCUGAGUGACCUGAUUCUAGGAGAGGAAUCUGGGUCAGAGAAGGUGGAAGGGCUGGCUGGUUUCAGCUGGCGCUGGGUUAGCUUCAGAAGGCUCUAGGCUUGUUUGCAUUUAUUUCCUUAUCGGCACAGCGAUCUUUAGCCAUGCUUUGGAGCUCCCGAGUCCUCCUCUUUCUCUGGGAAACAAGGUACAGCAGUAGGCAGCUGGACAGGGGAGGAGACAGCUAGUGAAAUAGCGUCCCAGGGUCACACAGUAGGCCCGAUGGGAAAUGAAAUAGUGUCCCAGUCACACAGUAGGACUGAUGGGAAAUGAAAUAGUGUCCCAGGGUCACACAGUAGGACUGAGGGGAAGUGAAAUAGUGUCCCAGGGUCACACAGUAGGACUGAUGGGAAAUGAAAUAGUGUCCCAGGGUCACACAGUAGGCCCAGUGGGGAAGCUUGGGUUAUGAGGUGAACUUUAUAACCUCUUGGGAAAACUGGUAGAGUGAGUGUUUCUUCAAAACUGUCUUGGCUCUCACACAUUUACUGUUCACAUAACUAGUAUUUGAGUUACGUGAAGGCUCACUGACUUCAGAGAAAACCCAAUAUUUAGAUGGCAAACGAUGUAUUUUUCCCCAUUGGCUUAUAUUCCCACUAAUUUUAAACUGUGCCAGAAAAUUGGGGGACAUACUAUGCUUUGUCAGUCAUUUCCUUCAAUAUUUUAUAUUUAGUAAGACAUGACUAUCAACAAACAAGAACCCAACCUUCUGAUAAACAUCUGAGACAAGAAGGUGCCUCACAGAACCAGCAUAACCAAGUUACAGCUACCACCGCAAGGGGCCAGCCUUGUGUCAAAUCCGCACACCUAACUGCACAGUAAGGGCAGUGAGAAUCCACAACUGACAUUGCUUUAGGUCCGUGAAAGCUGAAGCCAGUUUUGUGACCGAUAAUUGACAACACUUACCAAGCACCUUGGGCUUUACAUUUCGUCAUGCCGUCACCACAAAUCCUCUGAAUCAUCCCUCGCUUACGGAAGGAAGUCCGGUCUUCAGAGAGUUCCGAGGACGUAGUCCUGGUCCCAGGGUGAUUCAGGGUCUGAAAUGGCUUUGCAGACAGACAUUCCGGACCAGCGAAGUGCUGCCCGUUCUGUGAGAACUGAGAGUGUUUUUCCUGCCUGGGUGGGACCCAUUUCCUCCCGGCCCUCGGGACACUUCACCUCCCUGCACACACCCUGACCACAGGAAGGCAAAAUAACCAACCAGCGUGUGUGCUUCUGCAGAGCUGAAGUCCAGCGAGCCAAGAUGAACCCGUGAACUGCCACGCGUCCAUCCCCACCCGGAAACCAUCCCCACACGCCCCACAAUAUUUUGAAUAUAAUUUUAAAAAACCUGCCGCUUGUGUCUACAGAUGCUUAUGGCGUACAGAGGUCCAUGCAUCACUCCCAAAGUCAGUCAAUUUAAAGAAUAUGUUCUCUUGCCCUAACUGGUUUGGCUCAGUGGAUAGAGCGUCGGCCUGCGGACUGAAGGGUCCCGGGUUC